GUCAGAGAUUUUCCACUGCUCUACGCUUGUUCUAACGCCUGAUAUUUCACCUUCCAUUUCAGUAGAACUUACGGUGCCAAAAUGUCUGGCGAGUCUGAAGCCGCUAGUGCUCCGGCUCCUUCUAACCCCUUCGCCUCGCUGGGCGCUUCGGGCACUACGGGAUUCGCCGCUGGCGGCUUCAACUUCGGUGCGCCGGUUGCCCCUGCCUUCGGCGCUGCCCCCAAGCCUGCGGACGAGGAGGGCGGCGAUGAGGACGGCGGCGACGCUGCCCCGGAGGAGGAGUGCCAGGCGGAGUUCAAGCCAGUUGUGCAGCUAGACGAGGUGGAGACAAAGUCGGGCGAGGAGGACGAGGACUCGCUGGUGGACCUCAAAUGCAAGCUGUACCGGUUCGAUGGCGACAACAACGAGUGGAAGGAGCGUGGCCUGGGGCUAAUUAAGCUCCUACAGCACAAGGAGAACAAAAAGGUCCGCCUGCUGAUGCGUCAGGAGAAGACGCUGAAGAUUCGUGCAAACCACAUCGUCAUGCCAGGCACUAAGCUCCAAGAGCACAGUGGCAGCGACAAGGCCUGGGUGUGGAGCACCGUGGACUUCUCGGAGGGCGAGCAGCGGAUCGAGCUGUUUGCCGUGCGCUUUGGCACCGUUGAGAAGGCUCAGGAGUUCAAGAAGAAGUUUGAGGAGGCGAUGGACAUCAACGCGCCGCUGCUGGGCGAUGUGGCCGCGCUGCCCAAGGCGGACGAGUCGGCGGGCGGCGCCGCGGCGGACAAGGAGGCGGAGGAGCUGGCGAAGGAGGUGGAGGGCAAGGCGACCACCAAGGACGAGUAACUGGGCAAUGGUUCUGGUAGCGUACAUGGGCGAGCUUGCGGAGGUUGGGCGCUUGGAGCUGGGCCGGAACACGGAGGUGGAUGACAAUAGCAGGAGGACAUCAGCUAUAAUUAGGCAGGCUGGCGAAGCGCUUCCACUCGACUGUGAUUAGGUAGAUACAUGUCCCUCCUUCAGCAGGCAGGUGGUGUUGGUGGACACAGGAGGCAGCUCUGACAACUGAGUGUUACAAGAUAGGCAGGUCAGGAUUUUUACACGUCUGGGGGCAGAUAGAAGCGCUGUUUGCUGUGCAGUGCAUUCAGGAGGCACGCGGGACACAAUUUGGUCCACCGCGCCUCUAUCGAUGGAGACGUGACGGUGCGCAUGGCUGACAGUAUGCGCGUUGGAUGUAAGCUGGCGGUACGUAAUGCACUUUUGCUUCAGUACCCGACGGGCGCUGUGCUGCACAGUAAGCUUGCAGUUGGUGUUGUAAGCUGUCAUUGUGGAGUUUUAAGGCUGAGCCCCCGGUUCAGGGGGCCCAAUACCCCUGUGCGUGCGUGCUUUGGCGCAAACUGCGAUUGCCACACGUUCGAUUGCAAAAAGGCGGCGGAUCAACAUCAGUCUCGGAUUCGGCCGGGUCAAGGAGGGCCAGGACACGUUUCAGAUGUAGACUCGGCAGUUCCGUGGGGUGAUGGGGUCCCCUGACGUCCUAAUGGAUGUUGUAUUGCUGGGCUGCGACGCCAACUCUGCGGCGAACAUACGGCACGCGCUGAUGGAGACGCUGUUUGGUAGAGCGCGGCCUACGGCACUGUGCCGUGGCGGCGGCGAUGCCAUCGCCGCGAUGGUGGCGGCAACUGCGGCAGCGCAGGGCCCAGCGGUGGCGCAGGACCUGGCAGCUGCGGCGGCGGCGCAGGGCCCAGCGACGGCGGAGGACCUGGCGGCAGUGGCGGUGGCGGCGCAGGACCUGGCGGCAGUGGCGGCGGCGGCGCAGGACCUGGCGGCAGUGGCGGCGGCGGCGCAGGACCUGGUCCCAGCAGUGGCGGCGUGCAUGUGCGUAGCGGAGGAGGCAGGCAAGGCCAUGUGCAGGAGGAGAGCACGGCGCCGCCCGAGCAACGGCGCCAUUGAGACCUGCCGGUGUCUGGUCUGCGGUCUUUGCUGGCGAGCAUAGCAUAGCGCAGUGUGUGUCACAUGGCCGUUUGGUUUGUUGCCUACUGUGCUUGUGCUUGACAGCGGGACGCGGCUGGACACAUGGCGGGCGAUGCCUGUACAACCGACCCAGGCUUUAGGAGGAAGGUGGCGAAAGAUUGCGACGAAUGUUCAGGUAACCGAUUUAACAAGGAACGGUCCAGGGGAAAUGUGGACUACCGGUAAGAUGUAAAGGUUAGCGGAGGAGAUGAGAUAGUCCGGGAGAUGAGGUAGAGGUUCGGCCUCAGACGUUGCAUCAACGUGGCGUGGCGGCACAGCCCAUUUGUCCCCUUGCGAGGGAGAGCCACUUUUUCUUGUCACAACGUCAACUGGCAUGGGAGACGUGCAGUACAGCGUCUCUUCUGUGGCUUCCCCGAGGCCCCCUCGCAGUCAUUAUGUCCCAUAGGGUAAUUUGUUUUAGGUAUCAGGCAUUCUGUCUCCUUUAACACCUUCGAUGAUCAGGAGGAAGCGGACGCGGCCAGGGGCCAGGGGCUCACUGGCAAGGGGCAGGAGACCAGUCACUACAGCGUGUACCAAUGUGAGUCACGUGGUAUGCAAAGCACAUUAGCACAGAGCACAAGUAAAGUUG